GAGCAGCUUAAAAAGCUUUGCACAAAAAUGGCUUCGCCUGCGAUGCCAUUCGCCCCCCUCACGUCCCAUCGCGCCGUCCCCUUCGUCCUGGGGUGCCCUCCUCCUCCAUGGCCACCGCCCCCGCCGCGCCCCGACGCCGCCGCCGCUGCUAGGUUGCUGGUAGAGGAGGAGGCCGGGGCAGGCAGCUCGUCGCGGGCUCGAUCGCCUGCCGGGCCCGAGCUGGGGCCGAUGGUGCCGGAUCUCAAUGCCGACUCGCCGACGCCCGGGUCGGCCUCGGCCACCUCGAGCUCCAGCGGCGUCGCGGGCGGCUUCUUCCGGUUCGACCUGCUCGGCGGGAGCCCCGACGAGGAGGGCUGCUCGCCCUCGCCGCCCGUCGUGACGCGCCAGCUCUUCCCCUCGCCGCACCCGGACGCCGACGCCUCGCCGCCGCCGGAGCCGGCGGGCCCGUGGGCGCGCCGCGCGGCGGAUCUCGGGGCGUCCGCGGCGGCGGUUGCGGCCGCGCCUUCGUCGCCCGCGGCCGGGAAGAAGAGCCGCCGGGGGCCAAGGUCGCGGAGCUCGCAGUACAGGGGCGUCACCUUCUACAGGAGGACGGGCCGCUGGGAGUCGCACAUCUGGGACUGCGGGAAGCAGGUCUACCUGGGUGGAUUCGACACCGCGCACGCCGCAGCAAGGGCCUAUGAUCGUGCUGCGAUCAAGUUCAGGGGCCUCGAUGCGGACAUCAACUUCCAUUUGAAGGACUAUGAGGCUGACUUGAAGCAGAUGAAGAAUUGGACCAAGGAGGAGUUUGUUCACAUACUCCGGCGUCAAAGCACUGGGUUUGCGAGGGGGAGCUCAAAGUACCGGGGUGUGACUCUGCACAAGUGUGGUCGAUGGGAAGCUCGGAUGGGUCAGCUUCUUGGGAAGAAGUACAUCUACCUCGGGUUGUUUGACAGUGAAAUCGAAGCAGCAAGAGCAUAUGAUAGGGCGGCCAUUCGUUUCAAUGGUCCCGACGCUGUUACUAAUUUUGAUUCUAGUUCCUAUGAUGGAGAUGCUCCACUUCCUCCUGAAAUCGAGAAAGAUGCAGUGGUUGAUGGGGACAUCCUUGAUUUAAAUUUGAGGAUUUCACAACCUAAUGUGCAUGAUCCGAAAAGUGAUGGUAUCCUGACUGGGUUUGGAGUAAACUGUAAUUCUCCUGAAGCUUCAAGUUCAAUUGUUUCUCAGCCAAUAAGCCCUCAGUGGCUUGCACAUCCCCACAGCACAUUGGUUCCACCCCAGCAGCCACAUCUGUAUGCAUCUUCUUCUCCAGGCUUCUUUGUGAACCUCAGGGAGGCACCACCAGCUACGGAGAAGCACCUGGAGCCGGGCCCCCAGGCGUCGUUCCCUCCUUGGGCGUGGCAAAUGCAGGGCUACCCUGCGCCGUUGCUCCCCGCUACUGCAGCAUCAUCAGGAUUCUCUACCGCCGGCGCGCCGCCGCCGUCCGGCCCCGGCCCGUUCGCCGGCCGCCACCACCACCAGCUCCGCUUCCCCCCGACCGCCUGACAGGCGAGCUGCCCUGCCCUGUCCAACCGGAAACGGGCGCCUGGCCUGACCGGCGGCCACCCGUGCUUCGCUGGUCGGUGGCAGGGGCCAUUGGUUGGGGGAACACGGGGGAGAGGCACUCCGUCUCCCCAGCUGGUCACUAUCGUCGAAGCUCUGGCCGCUCAUGGUUGUCUCAAGUUUCGAUCUUCGUUUUGGGAAGUGGAUUCGUGGACCAUGAGCAUGAGCGUGUGGCCAAAAAAAAAGACUCUGGAAUAAGUGAACCAUAUUUAUGAUACCUGGUUUGGCCA